AUGCCCAACAGCAGCUCCCUCACCCACUUUCUCCUCCUGGCAUUCACAGAAAAACGGGAGCUGCAGCUCCUGCACUUCUGCCUCUUCCUGGCCAUCUCCCUGGCUGCCCUCCUGGCCAACGGCCUCAUCCUCAGCGCCGUAGCCUGCGACCACCACCUGCACACCCCCAUGGGCUUCUUCCUGCUCAACCUCUCCCUCACAGACCUGGGCUGCAUCUGCACCACUGUCCCCAAAGCCAUGCACAGUUCCCUCCAGAACACCACAACCAUCUCCUACAAGGGAUGUGCUGCACAGGCCUUUUUCUAUCUAUUCUUCUUCUCAGCAGAGUUUUCCCUCCUCACCAUCAUGUGCUACGACCGCUACGUUGCCAUCUGCAAA